UUAGAAAAAAAACCUCACUGGGUCCUUGCAGGAAUGUCGUUUGGAGAGAUGGUGCACAAUUGGCUGAUCCUCUGUAGAAUCAAAUGGGUGGAGGCUCUGCACAGUGAGUUAAAUACCAGCUCAGCCAUAGACACAGACUGGGUGUGAGUUCUGUCUGCUGUGGGUUUUUAAACUUAGAUUUUUUUUUUCUUUUUAAACUUUUUCUUUUUUUUUUACCUUUUUCCAGUUUCUCAAUUUUAUUUCUGACGUUAUUUUUUUCCAUCUGUGUGAAAAUGUCUUUCUUUGGAAAGUUCUUCAACAACAUCAUCCGUAACAGAGAUGCCAAAGAUGACACCCCCCAAGUUACGGUUGUGAAGCAGAAGCCUCCAUAUUAUGGAACAGUUACUCCAUAUCCAAACUUCAAUGCCAGCAGUGAUGCAUCUGUUCUUAAGAGUGCGAUUGAAAGUAAAGGAGUGGACGAGGACGUGAUCAGCGCCAUCCUGGUGAAGAGGAGCAAUGAUCAGAGGCAGAAGAUCAAAGUGGUUUAUGAAGCAUCAGCUGGGAAGACACUAGAGGCAGCUCUAAAGAAAGCUCUCAAGUCCCACUAUGAAGACAUCUGUCUAGGUCUGCUCAUGACACCAGCUCAGUUCGAUGCCCACCUGUUCAGGAAAGCUACACAUGGUUUGGGCACACAUGAGCAUAUCCUGGUGGAGAUUUUGGCCACCAGAUCAAACCAGGAGAUUCAAGAAAUGAAAAGGGUUUUCAAAGAAGAAUACAAAAAGGACCUGGAGGAUGUUAUCAAAAGUGAGACCAGUGGUGACUUCACCAAAGCUCUUCUAGCCAUGUUGAAAGCAAACAGAGAUGAGAGCACUGAUGUUGACAUGGCUCUGGCUCAAAAGGACGCAAAGACUCUGUUUGAGGCAGGGGAGCAUUGCAAAGGAACGAACGUGGAAGCCUUCAUCGACAUCCUGACUACACGGAGCAAGCCUCAGCUGUCUAAGACAUUCCAGGAAUAUGCCAGGAUAGGAAACAACACGUUACCUAAAGCCUUGCAACUGGAGCUGAAGGGCGAUAUUGAAGAUUGUCUCAUUGACAUUGUGAAAUGUGCCUGGAAUACACCAGCCUUCUUUGCUGAAAAGCUCCACCAUGCCAUGAAGCGUCUGGGAACAAAUGAGGACACACUGACCAGAGUGUUGGUGAGCCGCUCAGAGGUCGACCUGAAGAAAAUCAUAGACGAAUAUCAAGGCAUGUUUAGUAUUAGCCUGCAUGAUCACAUAAAGAAAGAGACUAGUGGACAUUAUGGGAAGAUUCUGCUUGCACUGCUUGGAAGCAACUGAAAUUCUUUGGAGAUUUUUUGGCAAAAGUUUAAAAGAUAUACAGGCAUUAGGCUUAAGGACAAAAAGAUAAAGGGAGAAUAUAGACUAUACCUCAAAACCCUUAUUCUUUGAUUUGUGUCUUUAUUGUGUCACAUUUGUAGUUUGAGUUUCGAUUUGGGCAUUUUAUUUUGAAAAGUUAAUUUUCUAUUUGUCUUUGCCCCUAUAUUUGGACAUUGUUUUCCUGUGUUUUUUUUUUACCUGUGCCACUUUCUCCCAUUUAUAUUUAAGCCAUCAGUUAACUCCAGUAAUUCAUGGGAUUGUCAUUGAUUGACUUCUGCUUUUCACCUUGUGCUAAUAAACAACUCUCCUCCAUACAA